AUGUCCGAGGAUUGUUCAGGUUCAGUUUUCGACGGUUAUUUUUUACCACAUCACGUUGUUUUAAAAAAAUCUAGUAGUAUUACUAGGCUUGAUGAAAAUGUUCCUCCUGAAAUAAAAACUUUCUGGUUAGAAUAUAAAAAACAAUUAUCUCUUUUGCAAGAAAUUGAAAUAGAACGGAAGAUUAUUAUUAUUGACAAAUUUACCGCAGUCGAAAUACAUGGAUUCUGUGAUGCCAGCGAAAAGGCAUACGGGUCAAAUCAAUGGGCAUUAGCCCCACUAUCUCCUUUUUUAGAUUCCGAAGAAGUGUUAAGAGUUGAAGGCAGACUUAAACAAUCAGAUCUCGCCUUUUCUGAAAAACAUCCUAUUCUUUUACCAAGAGAUCACGAAUUAACGAUAAUUUUAAUUCGAGAUCAACAUUUAAAAAUGUUACACGCUGGAACACAAGCCACUUUAAAUUCAAUUCGAGCUUCUUUCUGGAUUAUAAACGGUAAAACAGCUGUUAAAAAUAUAAUUCGGAAAUGCGUAACUUGUUGUCGAGCGAAACCUCAGAUUCCCACAUAUGUAAUAGGAGAUUUACCAAAAAGUCGAACAAUCUUUAAGAAAGCUUUUCUUCAUGCAGUGGUAAGUGAUCUAACAACCGCUGCUUUUCUUGCAUGUUUGAGUAGAUUUUUUGCUAGACGCGGAAAAAGUACCGAUCUAUAUUCCGAUAACGGCACUAACUUCACUGGUGCUAAAAAAGAAAUCGAUGCAAUCUGUAAGUUUUUUAAUUCUCAAGAGCAUAAUGAUUCCAUGAAAGAAUUCCUUGCCAAUCAACAUAUUAUUUGGCAUUUCAUUCCCCCGCGUUCACCUCAUUUUGGUGGACUCUGGGAAGCCGCGGUAAAAUCUUUUAAGCACCAUUGGAUUCGCGUUAUCGGAGAAAGAUUGUUAACUUACGAAGAAUUUACCACCCUUGCAACUGAGAUAGAAGGUAUACUAAAAUCACGUCCUUUAACUCCGCUUCCUUCAGAUCCUAAUGACUUGACGGCUUUGACACCUGGUCAUUUCCUCACAGGUGACUCUUUAAUGGGCGUUCCAGAACAAGAUUUGAUAGAUUUGCAGUCAGGCCGACUUUCGUCCUGGCAGCAAGUCCAACAAAUAAAGCAAUUAUUCUGGACGCGAUGGUACAAAGAAUACCUUCAUGAAUUGACUGUUAAGAAAAAAUGGCAUAAGGGCUUCUCUACUGAUAUGAAAAUCGGAAAAAUUGUUACGAUACGCGACAAUUUACCGCCAAUGCGAUAG